CUUGUCGAUCUCGUUCCUUUCCCGAAUCUAUCACUCCAUCCUUAUUCGGAGUAUUUCCGUCAAUGCCUGACAUGUUGACAACUUUUCUCACCAGCAUCGGUGGUACCUAACGCCUCAUGCAGAAACACGACUCCUUAUAACCUAAAUGGAGUCUAUUUUUUCGGAAUGACCUAGGCUUUUGACCUUCUUUCCUUCUAUUUUUGCCUACAGGACAAGGGGCGCUAAGGCUCUCCCCUUCUUAAAGGCUAGAAAUUCCGAGCGAUGCUAUCCUCCCUAUCCUGCGACACCCCAACAAUCUCGAUAUCCUAAAGAUGAAGUUCCGACCUUUUCUGCCCAGACUCAACAUCAAGCGAGCGACAACUGUGGAAAAUGACGUCGACUCUAAAUCUACUGGGAGCAUCACGCCUACCUUGGCCUACUACUGUCCUCCACCUGAGGUCGAAAUCCCGGUGCAGACGCGGAAAGAGCCGCCCCGCCCGCCAACUCCAACAUCUCGACUGACCUUUCUUGCAAUUUGGGAUCCUGAUGUCCAGCGAUAUACUUUGCCUCAUGUACCAUCCGAAGACCAAGUGCCUGACGAUGAUAGCCGUUUUCAAUCUGAUUCACACUUAGGUCAAGGGCAUCCAGACUGUGAACCCCACCUGUCCUCUCGUUUCUCAACUUCCACAACGUCGACUUCCAACUUUAUCACUGUCUCUCACUCACAGACGACGCUACCAUUCCCUACUAGUAAUCCUCGCGGCUCAAGCCUUAGACAAUCUAAUGCCUCACCCCCGCCACCGCCACCACCACCCUCUUUUCCCCUCCAACGGUGCAAACCGCAGGGACGUAUAGGCUACAACGUGGCCACACAUUCCACUAUCUCUAUCGCGUCCCUUUUGUCGCGUCGCCCAACCUUUCACUCACGGCCUGGAACUCCCAGCUCAGUGAAGAGCCGACCUUCGACGCCGAAGAGCCGACCGUCGACCCCUGCACGCCCUCGUACGUCUUCCAGUGCACACUCUCCUUUGAGUUUCAUCAAGCGACGAGUAUCUUCUCCUAAGGAAGCAGACGAUGCUUGGGUAAGCUUAGAUGUGGAAUGCGUUAUUCGAGAACGGCUUAUACGCAUCUGAUGAACGUAAAUUUAUACUCACAAAUGUACAAUUAGAAUAACUUCCAAAUUCCCUGUGUUCUACUACCAGUACUCUACCCACAUGUAUACUUAUUGCAAAUAGAGCCUUAAUAGUCAUUUUUGAGUAACCGUCACUUUACA